AUGGUAGUACACACAAGAAACAACCACAACAAGGAAGAUGAAGAGUCGUCAGAAAAUACCGCAAAAUCUCCGAGCUCCGAGGAAACCGGCACCACGUCAGGCACCGGCACCACGUCGGGUACCGGCACCACGUCGGGCACCGGCACCACGUCGGGCACCGGCACUACGUCGGGCACAGGCACUACGUCGGGCACCGGCGCAACGUCGGACUCAGCGAAGACGUUGGACACAGCUGCAUCGUCGGGUACGGGCGCCAUCAAGAAGACGCGUCCCACACCAAAGGACCUACCCGGGCCGAGCAACGUCGUCCACCCCGCCGACACGUCGGGCAUUAAGGCCACGCCUGCGGCCAGCCUCGCCGCCACGAUCGUCGAGCGCAACCCCGUCGAACUGAUGCCGCCACCGAGACCGCCGACGAAGCCCGCUCGGUCACACCGAUCCAAGGCCUCCAGCAAGAGACUCCUCGCGGAGUUGGAGGCCAAGGAGAGGUUAGCCGAGCUAGAACUGAAGCGCGUGCAAGCGGAAACCGAGCUAGCGAGAAUACGUCAAGAAAGAAUAGACCUGGCGUCGUCAAGAGAGGAGUCAGAAGAAGAGGAAGAGGACCUCGCUCCACAGCGCAUCGCUGACUGGUUCAAUCGCCGACCCGAACAAGCGACUACAUUAGAAGAGGCCGCCCAUAUAGAAGAAACGCAAGAGCCCGCCGCGCGCACUACUAGACGACGCGCGCGACCGGAAACAUACGAAGAUGCUCGUGCGAUGGACGUGUCGUCGCUAACCGCCGCCCUCACAGAAGCCAUUCAAGCCAGCAAGUCUUACAAGAAGUACAUACCUGACCUGCCGACGUUUAGUGGCCUGUGCACCGAGUGGCUACAAUUUAAGGCUGCGUACAACGAGUCCGCGCCCAGUUUCUCCGCAAGUGAAAACGUCGCCCGUAUAAGAAGAAGUCUGAAAGGUGUCGCCUGGGAGGCCGUCAGCGCCCUCCUCAUCAGCCAGCCGCAUCCAGAAGACGUCAUCAAAGCACUAGAAAGAAGAUACGGAAGGCCUGACGCACUACUUGUCAACGAACUGGAGAAGCUAAAGGGACUGCCGCGCCUCACCGACAACCCACGUGAUCUGUGCAUAUUCGCCAGCCGGAUCGCUAACACAGUGACGACUAUCGAGAUAUUGAAGAAGCCGCAGUAUCUCUACAACCCCGAGUUACUGCGGUCGAUAGUUGACAAGUUAUCGCCGAUAAUUCGCAACAAGUGGUACGACUACGCAGCUACAAGAGAAGAGACGCCCGAACUUAAGAAGAUUGCCGACUUUUUGAAUAAUGAAGCCGACAAGUGCACGCCUUACGCUCCGCCUGAAAAUACAACAGAACAUAAAGAAGUAAGAAGUGCAAGAAAGAAGCCCGAGCGAACCUACGCCGCCGCAGUCGAAGUCAAUAAGAAGCCAAAAGAAGAAAAGCCGGCGUGCCCGUUAUGUGAGCACGCUACGCACCAAUUGCCGUCGUGCCCGCAGUUUAUGAAGAUCGACACGAACGAGCGCUGGGAAGUGGCCAAGAAGAACAACAUUUGCUACCGAUGCCUCGUCAGCAAACACCGACGCUUCGCCUGCCGCGCCAAGCCUUGUGGCCAGCAGGGCUGCCCCAUGAAACAUCAUCGCCUACUACACCACGAGAAGUCGCCACCCGCGGCCGCCGCUGCAGCCGCUGCCGAGCCACCCCCACCACACAAGCCAGAAGAAGUCGUGGCCUCGGCAGUGAACCAGAUCGCCUGCGUGACAGCACAAACAAGACGCGCCUACCUGAAGAUAGUACCAGUCACACUACGCGGCCCGCGGGCGGAAGCAGACACUUUCGCGUUACUAGAUGAAGGCAGCACCGUGACAAUUAUCGACUCGGCGCUGGCGGACACACUCGGGCUCAACGGCCCCACCGAACCAAUGUGGGUGCAGGGCGUAGGCGGGAAAGAGAUGGAGCACAAUCAGAGCAGGAGGGUCGAGGUCUACAUACGCAACAAGUACGGCGGGCAGGAGCAGCGCAUACCAAACGCGCACACCGUCGGCAGUCUGGGCUUCACCACACAAUCCAUAGGUGCGAGCGAGAUAGAUGGCUGCACACAUCUCAGAGGACUCAAGCACAAGUUAACCUACCAAGGCGCAACCCCACAAAUACUCAUCGGUCAAGACAACUGGGAGCUAAUCGUGUCGCGAGAAAUAAGAAAAGGACGGCGCGAUCAACUCGUCGCUUCAAGAACCCUACUAGGAUGGGUACUUCACGGCUGCCGCACCACCAGAGCGGAGCCGAUCGCGUACUGCUGUGCGCACCUCACGCGGGCCAAGUCGAACGAAAACAUAGAAGAAACAAUGAAGAAAUAUUUCGCUCUCGAGUCCCUAGCAAUCGAGCCGAGGCGACCGAGCAGCGAUCCCGAGCAACAAGCGCUUCGCAUAUUAGAAGAAAAGAGCCGCCGCUUACCCGACGGCAGGUUCGAGACAGGGUUACUGUGGCGCAACCAAGAAGAAAGAAUACCCAACAAUCGCAACGACGCACUGAAGCGGCUACACACGCUCGAGAGGAAGCUGGAUCGAGACGCAAACCUGAAACAACAAUACAACGAGCGCGUCAACAAUCUACUCACCUCAAGCUACGCCGAGCGCGCGACCACGCCACCAAGCGGCAGGACGUGGUACCUACCUCACUUCGCCGUCUGCAACCCAGAGAAGCCGAAGAUAAGACUGGUCCAUGAUGCUGCGGCCACCUCACACGGCCGCAGCCUCAACGACAUGCUGCACACGGGUCCAGAUUUCCUGCAAUCACUACCCGGCGUCAUCAUGAAGUUUCGUCAACACAGCAUCGCAGUCUCAGCUGAUCUGAAAGAGAUGUUCAUGCAGAUCAAGAUACGCGAAGAGGACAGGGACGCACUCCGCUUCCUAUGGAGGGGCGAUCGCCGCGAGGGAGAGCCAGAAGAAUACCGCAUGACUUCAGUUAUAUUCGGCGCGUCGUCAUCGCCGUGCACCGCUCUAUACAUCAAAAAUAGAAACGCACGAGAGCACGCGACACAGUACCCGGAGGCUGCGCGAGCAAUAGAGCGCAACCACUACAUGGACGACUAUCUCCAGAGCUUCAACACAAUAGAAGAGGCAAGACAAGUAACAAGAGACGUCGAUCAUGUACACCAACAAGCCAAGUUUCAGCUGCGUGGGUGGGCUACGAACGAAUAUGAAGCAAUAAGAGACGUCGUCGGCAGCGAAGAGCGAGAGGGAAACACUGUCCCUAUCGGCGGGAGCGAGAUAGAAAAAACGCUCGGCCUGCUGUGGGACACAAACGAAGAUAGCAUCCGGUUUCGCCUCAACACUAGAAGAGCUCAGCCCGAGGUGGUCAAUGACCUCCGGCCUCCGACGAAGAGAGAAGCCCUAAGCAUCAUAAUGUCAAUAUUUGACCCGCUCGGCCUGAUUUCACCUAUCACUACGCCGGCCAAGCGAAUAAUGCAAGACACGUGGCAACAUAACACGAGCUGGGACGAAGCUAUACCAGAAGAUCUGCGGGAGCGCUGGAGCGAGUGGCUACAACAACUGCGAGACCUAGGUACCCUAAAGAUACCUAGAUGCGCUACGACGCAACGCCUGCCGCCGUGCGCGAGCUACACACUUUCGUCGACGCUAGUGAAGAAGCAUACGCCGCCGCCGUGUACUGGAGGAUGA